AUUAAGUUGCGCGUGGUAAAAAAAAGAAAUAGUUUUCUAAUAAGUAGACGAAGGAUAAGUGAACUUAUGCAACAUUACAUGCAUUAGGCAAGCACUCAUACUUAAACACAGCGAGUAAUGAACGUAUGUAUGUACUAGUGCGUUAAGAACUAGCAACAUCGAAGAACAUAGUCAGUUUCUUCGGAAUCGGUGACAUGAUCGGCACAGUAAUUAGUUAACUUUAUAAAAUUAGAAUAAAGCUGAUGAUGUCACCUUAAUUAUCUUAUCCACUACUUUCAGCAGUGUAAAUGUCAAAUUACAACAGUUUUAUUGCAUUUAGCAGAAAAUGCAUUUAAAAUAAAGGUGUGAGGACAGGUAUACUCUAGUAUUCAGAUGUUAUUGACACUGACAGUGAAAGGCUCAUUCCAUUUACUAUAAAAAACUUUAAAUAUUUAUUUUAUUAUAAAUGUUUUUAUUUUCAUAAUUUUAGAAAUAAUACAGUUUUAUAGAUCCGUGUUUUUUAAUUUAUUAUAAAAAUAUGAAUAAACCGGGACUGGUGAUAACGGAAAUAAACUAGACAUUAAAUAAAUCAAUUUAUUGAAAAUCACCUGCAUUGCAUAGUUUUUUUGAAAAAAAAAACUUGAUUUUUUUAAUUUUAUUGAUUGAUGUUUGUUUGUGAGUUCGUGGCCGGGAAAUAAUUAAACAUCACUUCUAUUACGAAGGCCCGUGACCUUCAAUUUCGACAACCUUUCUAUCAACUAAAGGAUACAAUCAAGGAUUGUUAAUAAUUCACUCACCAAUCGAUUCAGUUGCAUGAGUUUAUUUUUUUUUGUAGAAUCUUUUCAAUUUUACAAAGAAACAAGAAUCUAAUAAAUAUAUAUAUUGAGUAAUAUAGAUUUACUAAAGAGUUGACGUAAGAAUAUAUAGUUGUUAAAAGAGAAAUUUUAAGUCUUUAUCGUCAACAUAAAAUUUGCAAUAUUUGUAGUUGACAUUAUAUACUUAAAUACUCAAAUAUCAUCAUCAUGUUUCAUUGGUCAUCACUGUUGCUGCUAGCAAUUUUCAUUAGUGAUUCUCUCUCUCGUGAAGUGGAUUUGUGUUAUGUAAAUGAUGAUGACCCGUACCUCUAUUUAGGUACAAAAACCGCCUACACUUUUGUUGGUGGAAGAACACGACUUCAACCGAUACCGAAUUGUCAACCAUUACAAGUCUGGAGUAUUAUCAGGCAUGGUGCUCAUUACCCGGGAACGGAUAAAAUAACAAAACUACGAUCACUAUCUAAAUUUCGUGAUCAAAUAAUUGAGAAUCAUGAACAAAAAAAAACUGGGCGUAUGUGCAAUCAAGAUUUAGACAACUUGAAAAUAUGGUCACCAGAUCCAGAUAUGAAAGAAGAAAAUGCUAAAAAAUUAACAACGCAAGGUAUUGAAGAUAUAAAACUUUUUGCACGACGUCUUCAGUCUGAUUUUCCAGAACUUCUUCAGCCCACUUUUGCUGAUAUUACAUCAAAAAACUAUGUGUUCAGAAACUCAGGAAGUCAACGGACUCAAUCAAGUCUUGAUGCUUUUGUAGAAGGAUUUUUUAAUAAAGUUGGUGUUAGUACUGCAUUAUUAUCACAAAAUGAAGAUGCGUGGUUGAAGACAUACAAGAAUUGUUCUCGUGGGAAAGAUAGUGAUCAAAUAGAUUCUGAUAUAUUAGAAGAACGAUCUAAAUUUCUAAUGAGACCUGAAUUUAUGAACGCUGUUCAGAAUAUUAGCGGCAGGCUAGGUUUUAAAUACAACUUAUCACAAGAGGCUAUUUUUUUGAUGUACGAUAUGUGUCGCUAUGAAAAAUCGUGGGUCAUAAAUCGAAUAUCUUCGUGGUGUGCGAUCUUCAGUGCAGAUGAACUUAAAAUAAUUGAAUACUCUGAGGAUAUUUAUUACCAUUAUGAAGCUGGUUCUGGGCGUGAUGUUAAUGAUCAACUGGGAUGUAUUCCAUUACAAGAUAUGUUUAAACAUUUUCAAGAAAUUGAAAAUGGUGAUGUUACUGACAAACCAAAAGGAGUUUUUCAUUUUACUCAUUCAAUGCCAAUGCUCAGUUUUUUAAAUUCAAUUGGUAUAGGUAAAGAUGAACAGCCACUUUUAUCAACAAAUUAUAGGGAAAUGACAAGACGUCAUUGGAGAACAUCGUUUUUAGGACCGUUUAAUUCUAAUCUUGUUGCUAUAUUUUACAGAUGCAAUGACAAAACCGCACCAAAUCAGGUAAUGUUCUAUUUACAAGAAAAACCCCUGCAGUAUGAGGGAUGUAAAGUGGGUCUUUGUGAUUGGGAAUAUCUGAAAAAUAAACUUGGUGGCAUCGCUAGUCAAUGUAAUCCAGAAAUAUGUGGAUCUAGUACCACGUCCUUUUUUAACCGAUCAAUAGUUUACUCAUUACUAGCAACUGUAUUAGUAUUCAACUGGUUGAUAUAAAUUAUUCAAAAAAUAAUAAACAGUAAAUAAGUAAAACUUAAUAGACCAAAUAAUUUACAGCAAAUCAUAUGAAAUCUAGAUUAGAGAAUAAAUCUAUUGCUUAUUUAUUUUUUAAGAUUUAUGUGUUGAAAUUUAAAUGCUUUUUUAAAUAAUUGUUACUCGCAGUCUUCUGAAUUGUAGUAUAAAUAAUAGACUGUGCCAACUGAAAUCGAUAUUUUUUUUUUUCGGUCCCAUACGAAAAUUAGGUUGUCUCACUAAAAAAAAAAAUCCUGAAAAAAUUUCAGCUCGAUAUGUCUAUUUUUCAGUUAGCGCUCGCGUAAAUAAGAAUUUUCUAAUAAAAUUGUUUUUUAUCCCAACUUAAUAUUUUACAACUCAUUAAAUAUACCUGAUUAAAAAAUGGCCAGGGUGACAUUUUGUAGGGAAUUCAAUUCUCUACAAAAGGAACUUUUGAUCGAAUGAAAAACAUCAGCCAAUUUUUUUCUGCAGCCAUUUGAACCUCAUUUUUUUUCAAUAUUUACAUUUUUAUUUACUAUUAAACGCUUAGAAAACUAUGUUGCUAUGUAUGAAACUUAUUGAAUUCAAUUUCUCCAGGAACCUUUAUGAUCCCAAGGAAUAGUUUUCAUACUUGAAGUAAUAAAACUAACAUUAAACUAUUGAUAUUAUCGAUAUUUCUAACAAUACUUUUUUUUUGUUUUGACAUUUUUCGCAUUUAAUCUUUCUAGUUAUUUUUUUCUGCAUUAAAAUAUCGUUCGUAAUUGUGAUUUUGAGAUUCUCAUACUGCUGAUCAAUAAUUAUUACUUUAUUGAUAAAAAUAUACAUUGUUUAUCAUAAUAAAAUACUUAUAAAAAUUUAAAUAAAGGAAAAAGUGAUGUUCUAAUUGUGCAGAAAAGUUUUUAUCGAUUCUGUUACUAGUUUUUAAGAGCUUAUGAUUUGUCAGGAGAACCUAUUGCAAACAAUCUGAAAGUUGCCUACAAUGGGCAGCAACAACUUGUAGUAGAAAUUAUUUAAUUUAUCUAUUUAUUGAUUAAUUAACUAAUUAAUUAAUUAGUUUGGAGCAAGUACAGUUUAUAUUCGCAAUAGGGUCUCCUGACAUAUCAUAAGCUCUUAAUAACUAGUAACAGAAUCGAUAAAAACUUUUCUGCACAAUUAGAACAUCACUUUUUCCUUUAUUUAAAUUUUUAUAAGUAUUUUAUUAUGAUAAACAAUGUAUAUUUUUAUCAAUAAAGUAAUAAUUAUUGAUCAGCAGUAUGAGAAUCUCAAAAUCACAAUUACGAACGAUAUUUUAAUGCAGAAAAAAAUAACUAGAAAGAUUAAAUGCGAAAAAUGUCAAAACAAAAAAAAAGUAUUGUUAGAAAUAUCGAUAAUAUCAAUAGUUUAAUGUUAGUUUUAUUACUUCAAGUAUGAAAACUAUUCCUUGGGAUCAUAAAGGUUCCUAGAGAAAUUGAAUUCAAUAAGUUUCAUACAUAGCAACAUAGUUUUCUAAGCGUUUAAUAGUAAAUAUAAAUGUAAAUUUUGAAAAAAAAUGAGGUUAAAAUGGCUGCAGAAAAAAAUUGGCUGAUGUUUUUCAUUCGAUCAAAAGUUCCUUUUGUAGAGAAUUAAAUUCCCUACAAAAUGGCACCUUGGCCAUUUUUUAAUCAGUUAUAUUUAAUGAGUUGUAAAAUAUUAAGUUGGGAUAAAAAACAAUUUUAUUAGAAAAUUCUUAUUUACGCGAGCGCUAACUGAAAAAUAGACAUAUCGAGCUGAAAUUUUUUCAGGAUUUUUUUCUUUAGUGUGACAACUUAAUUUUCGUAUGGGACCGAAUAAAAAAAAUAUCGAUUUCAGUUGGCACAGUCUAAUAAAUAAAUAGUUACUCUACAAUUAUUGUUAUUUUGUAUGUUAAAUAAAUUAUUGCAAGGAAUCUGA